AUGACAUCUGAGCUGAAGCUGGAGUUGGUCCAGGGGGACAACUCCAGCGAGAGGGAUCUGGGUGCGGUGCAGAGAGGUGACGCUGAGAUGGAGCAGAAGAUGAAUCGUGCCCUCAGAGCAUGUUUGGAAAGAAGCAGUGGGAAUCCAGUCUGCAGUAUUCAUGAUCAGGGGGCAGGAGGAAAUGGCAAUGUGCUCAAGGAGCUGAGUGAGCCGGCUGGGGCUGUGAUCUACUGCAGCAAGUUCAAGAAAGGUGACCCCACUCUGAGUGUGUUGGAGCUGUGGGGAGCAGAGUAUCAGGAGAGCAAUGCCCUGCUGCUCCACCCAUCAGACAGGCCUUUCCUGGAGAAGGUGUGUCAGAGGGAGAAGUGCCCGGUUGACUUUGUGGGAAAUGUCACCGGAGAUGGCAAGAUUGUGCUGGUGGAUGAUGAGGCAGGUGGUAGUGACCAGACAGAGAGUGGGCGUUGUCCUGUUGACUUGCAGCUGGAGUGGGUUUUGGGAAAAAUGCCUCAGAAAGAAUUUAAGAUGGAACGUCUGUCCCCAACCCACCAGCAUCUGACACUUCCUGCUGGGCUGACGGUCAAAGCUGCUCUGGACAGAGUUUUGCGUUUGCCUGCUGUGGCGUCCAAACGCUACCUGACCAACAAGGUGGACCGAUCUGUGACUGGGUUGGUUGCCCAGCAACAGUGUGUCGGCCCUCUUCACACGCCGCUGGCUGACGUGGCUGUUGUUGCACUGUCACCGUUCAGCCUCGAGGGAGCAGCAACAGCCAUCGGGGAGCAGCCAAUUAAAGGGCUAGUUUGUCCUGCUGCUGGGGCUCGUAUGUCUGUGGGUGAAGCUCUGACCAAUCUGUUGUUUGCCAGAGUCACAGCGCUGAAGGAUGUGAAGUGUAGUGGGAACUGGAUGUGGGCUGCCAAGCUGCCUGGUGAGGGAGCUUGUUUGUGGGAGGCCUGCAAAGCCAUGUGUGAGGUUAUGGGUCAGCUCGGAGUGGCCGUCGACGGGGGCAAGGACUCACUGAGUAUGGCUGCGAGAGUUGGAAAAGAGACGGUCAAAGCUCCAGGUGCUCUGGUUAUCUCAGCAUACGCAGUCUGUCCUGACAUCACGGCCACCGUGACGCCCGAUCUUGAGGAUCCAGAUGGCGAAGGUGUAUUGUUGUGGGUUCCUCUGAGUCCAGGAUGUCAUCGUCUGGGAGGAUCGGCCUUGGCUCAGUGCUACGGUCAACUGGGAGACUGUUCCCCUGACCUGGACCAGCCGCAACUAUUGGCUGCCUGCUUCGACACCAUGCAGUCACUCAUACAAGACCGUCUGCUUAGUGCAGGACAUGACAUCAGUGAUGGAGGCCUCAUAUCCUGCUUGCUGGAGAUGGCGUUUGCAGGGAACCGUGGAAUUGCUGUUGAAUUGUCAUCACAAGGAACUGGAGUCAUGGAGCUGCUGUUCAGCGAAGAGUUGGGUUUGGUUCUCGAGGUGUCGCAGCCUAAUGUCGAAGCCGUGAGUCAGCGAUUUAGCGACGCAGGCGUGCGGUGCCUUCGUGUCGGCAAAACGUGUGGCUUUGGACCAGAGGCUAUGGUCAGAGUUUGUGUUGACGAAGAGGAAGUGCUCAGAGAGCCGCUUCCCGACCUCAGAGCAUUAUGGGAGGACACCAGUUUCCGGCUGGAGCGCCUCCAGGCCAAUGAGCUGUGUGUUGAACAGGAAGAGGAGGGGCUGGCUAAGAGGACACAGCCAUACUUUAAACUCUCCUUUGACCCCAGUGAAACCCUCAGCAUCAAGCAGCCCACUGCAGCUCUGCCCCGUGUAGCUGUGGUCAGAGAAGAAGGCAGUAAUGGAGACCGAGAGAUGUCUGUAUCUCUGUAUAUGGCUGGCUUCGAGGUGUGGGAUGUGACGAUGCAAGACCUGUGCUCUGGCUCUCUGACCCUGGAGCGCUUCAAAGCAGUAGUGUUUGUUGGUGGGUUCAGCUACGCAGAUGUGCUAGGAUCAGCUAAAGGUUGGGCUGCUACUGUUGCGUUCAACCCCAAGGCCAAGGCUGAAUUUGAUCGCUUCCGACAACGGGAUGACACACUGAGUCUGGGUGUGUGUAAUGGCUGCCAGCUGCUCGCCCUGCUGGGCUGGGUGGGAGAAGGCAAGGAUGGAGCAGAGUCUGAAGUGGUGCUGACCCAUAAUAAGUCUGGCAGGUUUGAGUCUCGCUUUGUCAGUGUCGGUAUCCAGGCUUCACCAUCCAUCUGGCUCAGAGGGAUGGAGGGAUCGGCUUUGGGAGUCUGGGUUGCGCAUGGAGAAGGUCUGAUGCAAUUUCGUAACUCUGAAGCUCAGGAGCAGAUCGUUUCUGGUGGUUUCGCCCCCUUGUGUUAUCUCGAUGACCAAGGUGCUCCAACCGAAGAGUACCCUCUGAACCCUAACGGCUCUCCGCUGGGUAUCGCGGGGCUUUGCUCCAGGGACGGCAGGCACCUGGCCAUGAUGCCUCACCCGGAGCGUUGCACCCUGGCCUGGCAGUGGCCCUGGGCCCCGAGAGAUUUCAGAGCGUCUCUCACACCUUCACCGUGGCUGCGCAUGUUCAAGAACGCAGCUGCCUGGUGCAGCAACAUGCAGUGAUGACACCCUGUUUAAAACUCUGGUGCUGCCAAAAUAGUAUUUUCUCUGUUGAGUGAGUGUGAACUCACUCAGUUACUUGGUGUUUACACUUUUGACACUGUUUUCUUCUUGACUUCUUAUACAUUCCACCAAUUUCAUUUUGGCAAUCACUGUAUUUUUAUGGAACUAAUGUACCAAUCAGGCUGCUGACAUUAUCAAUGUUGCACUACUGAUACAGAACAUGCUAAUAAAAAUAACAAACUUAAA